GGAGAGGGGCGGCGCCGGGAGGGGGUGAGGCGCGCGGGCCCCUGGAGCUGGCGUCUGCCCGCCGCGGCCGGGCGCUGGCGGCCCAGAGCGGAGGCGCAGGGCGCCCGGAGGCCUCGCGGGUCGCGCCGGCAUGUGGAACCCCCUUCACGACGGCCACUCGGCCCCGGCCGCGGGGCGCCGGCCGCGCUGGCUGUGCGUCGGGGCGCUGGCGCUGACCGUCGGCCUCUUCACCCUCGGCUUCCUCUUCGGGUGGUUUAUAAAAUCCUCCAAUGAAGCUAAUAUUGUUCCAGAGCAUAAUAUGAAGAAGGCAUUUUUGGAUGAAUUGAAAGCUGAGAACAUCAAGAAAUUCUUAUAUAAUUUUACCCGGAUACCACAUUUAGCAGGAACAGAACAAAACUUCCAACUUGCAAAGCAAGUUCAAUCCCAAUGGAAAGAAUUUGGCCUGGAUUCUGUUAAGUUAACUCCUUAUGAUGUCCUGUUGUCUUAUCCCAAUAAGACUCAUCCCAACUACAUCUCAAUAGUUGAUGAAGAUGGAAAUGAGAUUUUCAACACAUCACUAUUUGAACCACCUCCUCCAGGAUAUGAAAAUAUUUCAGAUGUUGUACCACCUUUUAGUGCCUUCUCUCCACAAGGAAUGCCAGAGGGCGAUCUAGUGUAUGUUAACUAUGCACGAACUGAAGACUUCUUUAAACUAGAGCGGGACAUGAAAAUCAAUUGCUCUGGGAAGAUUGUGAUUGCCAGAUAUGGGAAAAUUUUCAGAGGAAACAAGGUUAAAAAUGCUGAGCUGGCAGGGGCUAAAGGAGUCAUUCUGUACUCGGACCCUGCUGAUUACGUUGCUCCUGGGGUGGAGUCCUAUCCAGAUGGUUGGAAUCUUCCUGGAGGUGGUGUUCAGCGUGGGAAUAUCUUAAAUCUCAAUGGUGCAGGGGACCCUCUUACUCCUGGUUACCCUGCAAAUGAAUAUGCUUAUAGACGUGGAAUCACAGAGGCUGUUGGUCUUCCCAAUAUUCCUGUUCAUCCCAUUGGGUACUUUGAUGCACAGAAGCUCUUGGAAAAAAUGGGGGGGUCCGCACCACCAGACAGCAGCUGGAAAGGACAUCUCCAAGUGCCCUACAAUGUUGGACCUGGUUUUACUGGAAACUUUUCUACACAAAAAGUCAAGAUGCACAUCCAUUCCAACAAUAAAGUGACAAGAAUUUACAAUGUGAUCGGGACUCUCAGAGGAGCCGUAGAGCCAGACAGAUAUGUCAUUCUCGGAGGUCAUCGUGACUCAUGGGUGUUUGGUGGCAUUGACCCUCAGAGUGGAGCAGCUGUUGUUCAUGAAAUUGUGAGGAGUUUUGGAACACUGAAAAAAGAAGGGUGGAGGCCUAGAAGAACAAUCUUGUUUGCAAGCUGGGAUGCAGAAGAAUUUGGUCUCCUUGGUUCUACUGAGUGGGCAGAGGAGAAUUCCAGACUCCUUCAAGAGCGUGGUGUGGCCUAUAUUAAUGCUGACUCUUCUAUUGAAGGAAAUUACACUCUGAGAAUUGAUUGCACCCCACUGAUGUACCACUUGGUAUACAACCUAACAAAGGAGCUCCAAAGCCCUGAUGACGGCUUUGAAGGUAAGUCUCUGUACGAGAGCUGGAAUGCGAAAAGUCCUUCCCCCGAGAUCAGUGGCGUGCCCAGCAUUAGCAAGUUAGGAUCUGGUAACGAUUUUGAGGUGUUCUUCCAAAGACUUGGAAUUGCUUCAGGCAGAGCACGAUAUACUAAAAAUUGGGCAACAAGCAAAUUCAGCAGCUAUCCACUGUAUCACAGUGUCUACGAAACAUAUGAAUUGGUGGAGAAGUUUUAUGACCCAACAUUUAAGUAUCAACAUGCUGUGGCCCAGGUUCGAGGAGGGAUGGUAUUUGAACUAGCCAGUUCCAUCGUGCUCCCUUUUGACUGUGAAGAUUAUGCUGUAGCUUUAAGAAAGUAUGCUGACAAAAUCUACAAUAUUUCAAUGAAACAUCCACAAGAAAUGAAAACAUACAGUGUGUCAUUCGAUUCACUUUUUUCUGCAGUGAAGAAUUUUACAGAAAUUGCUUCUAAGUUCAGUGAGAGACUCCAAGACUUGGACAAAAACAACCCAAUACUAUUAAGAAUUAUGAAUGAUCAACUGAUGUUUCUGGAACGUGCAUUUAUUGAUCCUUUAGGAUUACCAGAGAGGCCUUUCUAUAGGCAUGUCAUCUACGCUCCAAGCAGCCACAACAAGUAUGCAGGGGAAUCAUUCCCAGGGAUCUACGAUGCUCUUUUCGAUAUUGAAAGCCAAGUGGAUCCUUCCAAAGCCUGGAGAGAAGUCAAGAGGCAGAUUUCUAUUGCAGCCUUCACAGUGCAGGCUGCAGCAGGGACUCUGAGAGAAGUAGCCUGAGAACAUAAUACAGAGAACCCAGACCAGUGUACACUGCAUGUCAUUCAGAACGAAUCAUCAUGGGUGUAUUGAUAAACUAAAAAAAUUAAGUUGUGUGUGUAUAUGGGUGUGUAUAUAUGUAUAUAUACACACCCAUAUACACACACACAUAGAGAGAGACAUAUAUAUCUUAGCAUUCUUUUUUCUUCUCCCUGUGGAUCAAAAAGGAAAGAUGGACCAUUUUUAUUUUAUAAAUAGAAUGUUAUUCUGAAGUUGAACUAAACAUUAAAAUCAAGAACAGUGUAAUAUUUUAAAACUCUGAAGUGGCUUUAUCAGAGAAUCAAGUCUAAAUCAGCACUUCCAAACCUAUUUCCAUGUAGAAAAUACCAGCAUGUUGCGUGACACAUGGGAACGGGCACGGAGCUGCUCCAAGCCAGAGGCCUUCGGCCCUGCCUGGCCACCUGAAGCUGAGAGCGUCACUAUGUCAGCAUUCGAAGUGGGCAACUCUGGUCUGUGACACUGCAGGUAAAGGUAAUCAUCCUCUACCACCAGGGAUAACAACUUUUUUAAAUUAGCAAAUAUUUUGUUUAUACUAGAAGGUUUAUAUAACACACAUUAUAUAAAUAUAUAAAUAUAUCUUAAUGUUAAUAGUUUUAUUUAAUAUUAAUAAUUCAAUAUUAAUAAUUAAUCUUCACCUCAGAGGAUGUGUGUAAGUUAGGAGAAAAGGAAAACCAAAAGAAUAAGGAUAAGGACAUAAAACCAAGCCUCAAAGAAGUCUCAUGUGAAUCGAUAAGACUUCCGCCGUGAAAUUUAGCAACAACCCUGAGAUAAAAAUAAACCUAUUGCUCAGGAGAAGCAAAAACAUAGAACAAUAUAAUGACAGGUUUAGAUGCAGAGUCAAGAGGAUUAUUGAACAAGAUUAAAUUAGGAGGCCAUGAGGAGCCGGUCACAGAAAAAAUUAAUCUCUCUAAUGUACUGAGCCAAAUUGAAAGGACCCUUCUACCAAGCAGACACUUCUCAGUAUGACCCAUUUCAUCAAAAAUGUUUUGACUUUCUUGUGUUUCAUUGUUACAGGAGGUUUAGACAAUGCUUCUGAGAAGUUCAUUAGCCCAUUACACACUUUAGACCUGUAAAUUCACUGGGCUCGGUAAUUUGUGGAUCUUUCUAAGUCACAACCAAUUUGUGCUUCAGAAUGCUGAUCUAAUGAUGCACAGCCUUUUUCUAUUUCAUACCUGUAACUCAGUCAUAGAUGGUUCUUCUGUUAAGCACUAAAUUUAUCUACAAAAUCAUUCAAAUUCUUUUUUGUGAAGUAUUUUUUAACUUUAAAAAGAUUACAAACUGAAAAAGCACUUCUUUAUAACAAAACAUACAUAAAAAGUGAUUAAAAACAGCUCUAAUCUGACAAUUCUCUGAGAUCUUUUUAAAUCUAUAUCAGAUACUAUUUAUUUUUAAUUGCCUUAUAAGAAAAAUAUUCUCCACUUAAAAAAAAAAAAGAUUCCUGAUCAGCAGAGAGGAUUCAGG